AUGGCUACCGCACAAGUGCAGACAUAUAUUCCCACCAAGGUCGUCAAGAGCGAUUAUCCUAGGGUCGUUGGCUAUGCCAGGCCUUCCGAUUAUGCCCACGGAGCUAUAGCCGCAGCCUUCGCUCCUGGCGCUCUCCUUGCCCUCGAGAAGUUCGCUCCCUCACAUGUCGGUAAGGGAGGUUUGGCGCAAGCCAUGCGCCUCGCCGGAGCCAUCGGUCUUGCUGGAGGAUUUCUUUACUUUUACCAGCGCUCUAGCUUGCGAUUUUACGGUGCCACCGAGAACGCGAGAGAGGUUGAGAUGGAUAUGAAGGAGAUGGUCUCCAAGGUCAAGGCGGGAAAGCCGCUAUAUGGCGAGAGCAGGUUGACCCCUCACAUGCAGGGCGUUGCUGCAAGACAGUCAAGAUACUCUGCUCUGUUCAUGGGUGUCGUGCCUUGGUUCAACUUUGUCAAUCACAACCAGCAUGGUGUCGACACCGCGAAGUACUACCAACAAGCUGAGAGAGAGCUUGAAGCUGAGCGUCUGAAGAAUGGGGGCUUGUGA